GUAAAAUAGGAAUAUUCGCGUACUUCGAUCGAUUACCGUGAGGCACUACUGAUCAUCCUUUCCGGUUUGCCACUCGCGGUACGAUGCGUUAAUUCCGUGUGCUAUUUGUGUUUAGUGUUUGUGUGUUGUGAAAAGUGUUUCCUUCUCCUUUUUCCUCCUCCUACGGUUUCCUCCCACCAGUGGUGAUUUGUGUUUGGCAUCGUCGCGUUUGGUAAACAGGAACAUGAUCCUCGAAAGCGGCGAAUUCAGCGUUUCUACGCAAGAACUGCAGGCCCUUGCGUCGCUAGACAGCCGCCAGUAUGGGUUUCUGAAGCUCUCAGCACCGGAAAACUUGAAGAAGAAGGCACUGGUGUUGAAGGCGGUGAAAUAUAUCGAGCGAAUGCUUAUCCAGGCGCACAACCAGAAGAAGACGCACGAUGACGAGGAGAAGUCGAAGGAGAAGACUUCAGCAGCCGUGGCAGCAAUGUCGGAAGAGGUUAAAAUAAAGCAGGAAGCAGGCAAUCCCCUUUGCGAUGUCGGUGUGACCAUCGACGAAAGUCUACCGGCAGAGAUAAUGUCUACCGAGUGUGCGGCGGAGACAAAACAGUCUUCUUCUACCGUGAAUGAGAUUAAAACCGAAGAUGACAGUGUAACGAUAAAAGAUAGUACGCAAGGGGAAGUUACACCGGAGAAAGAAACCCGCAUCAGUGACGAGGAAAAGGAUAUUAACAUCGAUCCGAAAACGUACUGCAAACUUGGCCACUUCCAUCUGCUGCUGGAGGACUACGAAAAAGCCUUAUCAGCGUACCAGAAGUAUUACGCCUUGAAGCCGGAUCAUUGGAGAGAUGCACCGUUUCUGUACGGGUUAGGGUUGGUGUACUUCCACUACAAUGCCUUCAGAUGGGCGAUCAAAUCAUUCCAAAAGCUGCUGUACGUCUGUCCAGACUUUGCGCGUGCCAAUGAAGUACACCUGCGGCUUGGGGUUAUGCUCAAGGUGAAUGGAGAUUAUGAGCAAUCGCUAAAGCACCUGCAACUAGCGCUGAACGAUUCGUCCACGUGCACCUUAGCGCAGCUUGAGAUACGCUUCCACAUUGCCCAUCUGUAUGAGGUGCAGAACAAGUACAAGUCAGCGAAGGAGGCAUACGAGCGGCUACUGGCGAACAAGCAGCUGACGGCGUCACUGAAGGCCGACAUCUACCGGCAGCUGGGAUGGAUGUACCACACUGUUGAUCUGUUCGGCGACAAGCUACAACGGGAUCGGUUCGCUAUCCACUGUUUGCAGAAGUCGAUCGAGGCGGAACCACGUUCGGGUCAGACACUCUACCUGCUCGGACGCUGCUUUGCCGGCAUCAACAAAGUGCACGACGCGUUUAUCGCCUACCGGAAUUCGGUGGAGAAAAGCGAAGGAAACGCUGACACAUGGUGCUCUAUUGGAGUACUAUACCAGCAGCAGAACCAGCCUAUGGAUGCACUGCAGGCCUACAUAUGUGCCGUGCAGUUAGAUAAAUCACACUCAGCCGCCUGGACCAAUUUGGGCAUACUGUACGAAAGCUGCAAUCAACCGCGGGACGCGUACGCCUGCUUUCGCAACGCCACUAUCAACCAGGACCAACAGAAGGAUCGCACUGUGAGUGCAUGUGAGAAGUCCACGGUACCUGCCACCACUGCCAGCGGUUCUACGAAAGGAAACGCAUCUGCAGGCCAAAGCGGAACAACCGGACCGGGCGGAACUUCAGCAGCAACAACAGUAAACUCUUUACCAGCUGGUGGCGCAUCGGAAACGAGUAGCACCACACCGACCGGAGUCCCUAACUCUUUGCAAACGGUGCUUGGUGAUUUAAGCAAUAACAGCAACGGUGGCAACAGCAGGUCCCAAAACCUUACCCAGCGUAUCAAAUUCCUGCAGCAACAUCUUGGCAACGCUCCUAUGCCGAGCAUAACGUCCAAACGGCGGCAGUUACCUUCAAUUGAGGAGGCCUGGAAUCUGCCCAUUUCCAAUGAGAUGAGUUCGCGACAGCAACAGACGGCCCAGGCACAGCAACGCCAAUUUCAGAAAGGAUACGGACAGGGCGCCCAAUACCAUCCGGGACAGCCGCAGGUGGGAAGCAACAACGGUCUUCCGAACAAGCGCUUCAAGCAGGAAGAUGGAAGACCCGGUGGUGCGGCCGCUGGUGUGGGAACGGUGGCGGGUCAACCGGUGCCCCCGUUCUACCUUAACCAGCAGCAACUGUUGCAGCUGCAAUACCUGCAGAACCAGAGCAAUCUGACCUCACAGCAGCAGGUAUUGCUGCAAACGCUGACCAACCAGUACCGGUUGAUGCAACAACACCAACUGCGCCUUCAGCAGCAGCAACGAAACCAACAGCUUCAGCAACAGCAACAGCCUCCGUUCCAGGGACAAGGACAGCCGCAAGCAGGCGGUGGUUUCGUGGUGGCAGCAGGAAAUAAAACACCCCAGUCGGGUAUCGUUCCGCAGACGGCUACCGGGUUCGUGAACGAUGGCCACUUUUCGCCUGCUACUGGACAAUCGCAACAGGCGGCUGGUAUGCCAUACAAGUCGGCGGGUGGCACGUACGCACCGUCCGGUUUUCCCGUCCCUCCGAGCAGUCAGCCAUCAUCGGGAGGUUUCACGCAAAUCACAUCCACCUCGAAUCAUCAGUCCGAUAUAGACAUUCAAGCCAUUCUGGAUGACAAAGCAACAUUUGCUGAGUCCUUGCUCAAACAGCUUAGCUCGUCGGAGAGCAAGGAUUCGUCUAUCCCGUCGGAAGUCACCAACGCCACGAGUACAAUGGCGCCGAACAGUAGUACGAAGUCCCCACCGAUAAAAGCAGAAGCAACCUCGACGACAACGGUACCCGGUGGUGCCGCUAGCGUCAAACGCCAGCUACUGAAUGCCAAGCAGCAGGACAUCAAAUUGGAACCAGUCGUAAAGAUUGAGAAGCUUCCCUCGCCCACAUCGAUUAUGGACGCGUGUUCUGGCACGGUUGGUGGUGAUUUUAAGAUCUCGAUGACGGCGAAAGAUAUUCAGCAGAUGGUACGGAGGCAACGCAAUGCUGGAGAGCUGAAAGAUGUACCGGCCGUGUGUUCUGUGCUGACCGUGGAGGCACCACCGCCCAGCCCACCCGACUGUCCGUCUACGCGGUUAACGCGCGAACAGUUGCAACCUCCCACACCGUCCGUGUUCCUCGAGAACAAGAAAGACGCCUUCAGCCCACAGCUGCAGGAGUUCUGUCUCAAGCACCCGAUUGCCGUGGUAAGGCAGCUGGGUGCAGCACUCAAGCUUGAUCUUGGGUUGUUCUCGACCAAAACGCUUGUGGAGGCAAAUCCUGACCAUACGGUCGAGGUACGGACGCAGGUUCAUCAGUCACCGGAUGAGAACUGGGAUGGCAACAAAAACUCGAAGGUUUGGGCCUGUAUCUCGCACCGAUCACACACAACCAUUGCGAAGUACGCGCAGUAUCAGGCGUCUAGCUUUUCCGAUAAGAUAAAGGAGGAGCGUGAUAAAAUGGCUGGAAUCUCGACCGCAUCCACCAACUCGGAUUCCGAUUCGAAGGACUCCAUCUCGAACAGCAGCGCGUGCGGUACGGCCGGUGCCGGUGUUGGCGGUGGCAAUAGCUCAGCUGCCGGCAAUGGCAAACGGAAGAAGUGUAAAAAUGGCAACAAGAUGUUACGCUUCGGCACGAACGUCGAUCUGUCCGAUGAGCGCAAAUGGAAGGCUCAGUUGCAGGAGCUGCAAAAGUUGCCACCGUUUGCGCGUGUCGUAUCGGCCGCGAAUAUGCUGUCGCACGUCGGCCACAUGAUACUGGGUAUGAAUACGGUGCAGCUGUACAUGAAGGUGCCGGGUAGCCGGACGCCAGGCCACCAGGAGAACAACAAUUUCUGCUCGAUCAACAUUAACAUCGGGCCGGGUGAUUGCGAAUGGUUUGCGACGCCCGAUUCGUACUGGGGCGGUAUACAGGCGCUGUGCGAGAAGAACAACAUCAACUAUCUGCACGGUUCGUGGUGGCCAGCGCUGGAGGAUCUUUACGCGGCGAACAUCCCCGUGUAUCGGUUCACCCAGCGGCCGGGCGAUUUGGUGUGGGUUAACGCUGGCUGCGUCCAUUGGGUGCAGGCCAUUGGAUGGUGUAAUAAUAUUGCCUGGAACGUGGGUCCAUUGACGGCGCGACAGUACCAGCUGGCCGUCGAGCGGUACGAGUGGAACAAGCUGGAAAGCUACAAGAGCAUUGUUCCGAUGGUUCACCUUAGCUGGAAUCUCGCCCGCAACAUUAAGGUGUCUGACCCGAAGAUGUUCGAAUCGAUUAAGACCUGCCUAAUGCAAACGAUGAAACACUGUAUGCAGGUGUUGGAGUAUGUAAAGUCACUUAACAUAGAAGUUCGGUUUCAUGGUCGUGGUAAAAAUGAAGCUUCACACUAUUGCGGGCAAUGUGAGGUGGAAGUGUUCAAUGUGCUGUUCAUUCGCGAACAGGAAAAGCGUCACAUCGUACACUGCAUGGGUUGUGCGCGUAAACAAUCGCCCGGACUGCAGGGUUUCGUGUGUCUCGAAGAGUACACGCUGGACGAGCUGAUGCAGGUGUACGAUGCGUUUGUGAUGCACAGUCCACCGCCACCGCCACCGAUUGCAUCCGCCGUGCCAGCGCAGUCUCCGCAACACCAGCCACAGCAGCCGGCUUCAUCACCAUCGCAAAUAAAUGUAAGCUCCUCUACUGCCACUUCUACUGCUACCGCCGCGUCGUGUUCAUCGUCGUCGUCCGCUUCCGCAAUGGGUGGAGCGGCCGGCGGCACCAGCGCUGGUGGAUCGGUACCGGUGUCUUCGGUAGCUUCGUAAGCCCUUCACUCUUCUCCCGUACUAUCAUCCCACAAGAGAUGGGCACAGCAAAUGCACUUCUCGGACAAUUUUCGGCCCCACCAAAUCCAUAUGCAACACAGGCGUGUGUGCGUGAGUGCGCGGGCGCCCCCUGAGACAGACUGCAAAGCAAGGGGGUGUGAGCGCCACGUGCCCACGCUUGUAACGAUUGUGUAGCAUUGUUUUAAUUCGGUAAGUUUAGUUUUAAUUUAGUUCAAAUGUACGCAAAUUGUGUAUCCCCUGCAUAUAUAGCGGUUUGUGAAAAAGAUUAUAGGAAUUCAGAAAUAGGAUAAGGCGACGCAAUUAAGCUAGAUACACCGUUAUGGAAGCGGUCGUUAGGAAACGUAACGUAUGUGAAUUUUGCACACGGAAAGGUAAACAAUAUCCGCAUAUGUAGAAAGGAGAGAGCGUGUGAGUGAAACGUAUAUCUACAGGGUUAGAUUUUUUGUUGUUUGAUUUUGCGAACCUAAAAGACUUUUAAAAGUACUAAAUUACAAAUUAAACGCGCUGUUCUAGUACGCGCUUUGUGCGCUGAGAUGCGUUGUAUUUCAGCGGCAAAAUUAAUGAAUUUGUUAAAGGAAACACAAAACACACACACACACAUACAAACACAUAUUUUAUGAAAGUGAUUGUACAUAUAACUAAAUUCCCAAUCCCGUUCAAGUGAGCUAAUAGUCUGUCGAACGGCGGUGUGUAUAUGUGCGGUAGCGCGUCUAUCGGUUGGUAUUGAACAAUCUGUGACCGCAGCACAGCACACUGAUAGUGAUAAGUAUUCAGUUAGAUCAGAAAAAGGAAUACACACAUGCAAAUAUCCAUCACAGAAAAGGGAGAACUUUAGCCAAAAUGCCUGUAUUUGAAUAGAGCAAGGAAUGAUGAUGAUGAUGGGGUUUAGAGAGCACCACACGAACACGAAAUGUUGGAUAUUUUUGCAUGCUUAGGUUCUGUAAUUGCAAUUAACACCACCACAGUCUGCAUCUCGAUAAUGGCAAUAUACAUUUUUUUUAAACCUUCAAAAGCCUUUCGUGGAAGAAGAGAGGGAAAGUAUAUGUGUUUAGCGUUUAAGUAGUUAAUUUAUUUCAUCCUAAUUCCGUGUGUGUGUGCGCGCGCGACCCUGUGUAUGUAAUGCGGAAACGAUGGGCAGAGAUUUCAUGAACUGCCAUUUUUAUGUUUACUUUCGUCCUAUUAUGUGUUCAUGUAAUAUGUUUUGUGAAAAUGCGUUGAAAUGAUGCUCAACUAAAUGUAUGUACCCUUGUACCUCUCACACUUUUUCGUCUAACUGUUGUGAGCUUUUAACCCUGGUUUUUGUGUGUGGUGGAUUUAUUUGUUGUGUGUGUUGGCGUUGAUUGAGCGGUGAAAGAUCAUCCAUCUUAGGAGGAAAUAGUAGCGCAGCGGAUGAUUCUAUCACAAACCCCUGCCCCAUUAUUGCUCGAUGGAAAAAAGUUACGUUAUCGGAAGCGCCUUCACGUGAAACGUUGCGUUUUGGAAUAGUGUUUGUCUUAACCUGUACUGUGUCUGUUUUGUAAACCGCGUGUAUGUUUUACUUUGUGCGAUAAUGACCGUCCUUUCUUUCGAUUAAAUGCGUUUUCGAAUCAAUAGCGUUUCUAUUAUGAAGCCCUGUUAAACAGAUAGUGUAACCUACAUCACUACCCAACGGAAGCAAAACACCUCAGAGAUGUAAUGAUGGUGCGUUUGGAAGACAUUGCAACAAAACAGAAAAUAGUAUUUGCACAAAAAUCGAUAAACAAGGCAGUAACAUUUUUUUAUACCACGUUUACGUCACUUGUUUCAUUGCACAUGAUUUGGGUAAUGGGCGGUAAAGGUAGAAAAACGGGGGAAAAAACACAGAAAUACAUCCUUCUUUCGAUGGAAAAUGGACACCCAGGAAAACUAGAAAAGACGAGGAGAAGGUUAAACAAAGCAAACAAAUUAAACUCAGGUAAAAUUGUUGACGGACCGCGGGAUUAAGAAUGCUAUAAUGCGCAUUGCAAUAGUUUUUGCGUACACCAUUUUCCACUUUCUAUUUCACUUUUACAUAGAUAGAGGAUUUAGAGAAACAAACACGACCUACAACACCUCCACCCAAAACAAAAAAAAACGAGACCAAUAGUGAUUGGAAGAAUGGUAGACAGAAAAGGAAGAAACCCACAUUGAGAGUGUAAAUGGAAGGAAAUUGUAACCGAAUCAUUGAAAAAGAAAAGAAAAAACAAUGAACAGCACAUCGCAACUAAUAAGUUAACAUUUUUGAUAACUCACUUAUAAAGCGGUAGUAACGACGUAUUGAAUGCGAAUUUGUGCGUAAAAUUUUCAAACCACAUGUUGCAACCAAAAUCAGGCCGGAUAUUCACAGUAGGCCGCGCGAAUUUUAGAGUUACGAAUUUUGAUGCAUAUAGAGGGGAUACAGCACGGAUAAGGAUAUACUCAAGAUUCUAUAUUUUGGAAGAGGAAGCAUAUCUGAGGGAGUAGGUUUGUGCGAAGCGAAGCGUACGACUGAGUGCCUAACGAAUGUGUGUGCCGACCAGAAUGUUGAAGUUGAUUUAUCUUGGUCCUGUUUUUCGCUGUUCAUUUGGAUUAGUUUUGUUUCAGCGUCUAGCACAGGACUAUAGUUUUGCGCUUUUGCCCUUGGGCUGUAUUAGUAGUAUCCGUAGCUCACGACUUCUUCCAUGCAAGCACUUGCCGAGUAGUAGUCGGUGGAGAUAUUGCUUAGUUCUUUUUAACCGACAGUUGCUGCUUCUCUUCCCACCUACCCCGAACAACGGUGUAGAUGGCCCAGAAUGUAUUAUAUUGCGUAAUGGAAGUUCGUUUUAGUUCGACGAGUUAGGGUUAAGUUAGGAGGGGGUGCUCUUUUAUAUCCAUCGCUUGACGAUGCUUGGUAAAAAAAGCAAAACCGCCCCGGGGACGGUAAGAUGAUCUCAACAGCAAGAGGGACAUACGAACAGCAGCAACCUUACGGAUGGUAUGCGUUGACCCACGUCCAGGAUGGGUUUGUUGUAGUGCUAUACAAUCCAAACACCAAAGUGGAGUGAUCGUCACAAAACAACGUUAUUGUUGUCGUCAGUCUGCAAUGUUACCCAAGACGUCUUUCAUGUUGUAUAGUUUGAUCGUUUCCUUUAAUUGUGUAACUUGCAAGCAUGAGGAGGAAAAGAGUGAAAGUGUUUAUCGUGAAAGAUGUAAACUCUAUUCGACUACGCUACUAGUAGAUGGUAGAAAUAGGAAUGUAGUAAGAUUUUUUAAAGUACGCGGAGGGUUAAUAGAGAAAGAGAGAGGUGAGAGUGGUACACAGAAGCUUAGUUCAAUUUUGGGCGUUUGUGUUGUCCAGAAAGGAGGGUGUAAAAGAAAGCGUCGUGUCCACACAAACACCAACUCAUUAUUUCAAUAAUCACUAUUGUACAGAAAAUCAAUUUGGUGCUUGAAGAAUUAAUUUCCUAUUUUUUGAAAACAUCGUUGUUGUCUUUAGUUUAGUUUG